AUGGACAUGAUGGAUGCCUGCCAGUUCUCACCUUCUGAGUACUUCUAUGAAAGCUCCUGUAUCCCUUCCCCUGAGGGUGAGUUUGGGGACCCGUUUGAGCCAAGAGUGGCUGCCUUCGGAGCGCACCAAGCUGAGCUGCAGGGCUCCGAUGAUGAUGAGCACGUGCGGGCACCUACUGGCCACCACCAGGCUGGCCACUGCCUCGUGUGGGCCUGCAAAGCCUGCAAGAGGAAGUCCACCACCAUGGAUCGGCGCAAGGCCGCCACCAUGCGCGAGCGCAGACGCCUGAAGAAGGUCAACCAAGCCUUCGAAACGCUCAAGAGGUGCACCACGACCAACCCCAACCAGAGGCUCCCCAAAGUGGAGAUCCUCAGGAAUGCCAUCCGCUACAUCGAGAGCCUGCAGGAGCUGCUGAGGGAGCAGGUGGAGAACUAUUACAGCUUGCCCGGACAGAGCUGCUCAGAGCCCACCAGCCCCACCUCCAACUGCUCGGAUGGAAUGCCGGAAUGCAGCAGUCCUGUCUGGUCCCGAAAGAACAGCAGCUUUGACAGCGUCUACUGUCCCGACGUAUCAAAUGCAUAUGCUGCAGAUAAAAGCUCCUUAUCCAGCUUGGAUUGUUUGUCCAGCAUCGUGGAUCGGAUCGCGUCUGCGGAGAGAACCGAGUUGUCUCUCCAGGACACAGCUUCUCUCUCUCCAGCAGCCAGCACGAAUUCACAGCCUGCAACCCCAGGACCCUCCAGUUCCAGACUUAUCUAUCAUGUAUUAUGAACUAUCACACCUGAGGAAUGAUGCCCCACAUGUCAGAAGGGAAGACAAGUUACAGAUAACAUAUGCUUUUCAGUUGUAAAUAUUA